AUGGCCUUCAAACCGAUUACUGGCAUGCUCCGCCGCCAGGUCGUGCUCGACCUCUCCGUUGCCAUGGGUCUCGGUGUGACCGCUGGCUACGGCUGGUGGUACGGUUACCACGUCCCCGCCGUCCGUCACCGCGACGCUUUCUACCAGAAGCUCGAGGACGAGCGUGCCGCCGCCCUUGGCCAGAAAUAA